AUGGCGGGUGACGCGUCUGAGCCCAAGGCCGGGCGUGACAAUGUUCACCAGGAGAACAAUAUAACCAACGAACUCAGUGAGGCUGAGAAGCAAAUUGAAAAGAGGCUUGUUCGCAAACUUGACCUCUUGAUCCUCCCCUUGAUUGUGCUCUCGUUUUUCCUUAACUGCAUAUACCGGGCUAACUAUGGCGCCGCUCGACUUCAGCAUCUAGAGUCGGACCUCCACAUGUCCGAUUCGCAAUUUCAGACCGGAUUGAGCGUUUUCUACGCCGGAUACCUUCUAUUCCAAGUUCCCUCGAACAUGCUGCUCAACUAUCUUGGCCGGCCGUCAUGGCAUAUGGGGAUCUCGAUUCUCGCUUGGGGCUUGGUCACUAGCUGCACAGCUGCAGUCAACACCUACGGCGGACUUGUAGCCUGCAGAAUGCUUUUAGGCUGUGUUGAGGCACCGCUAUACCCCGGAAUAAUGUUCUAUCUCUCGAAAUGGUAUAAAAAGACAGAGCUUACUCUCCGCAUCAGCAUAUGCUUUGCCGCUGGACUCACUGCCACUGCGACUGGCUCUCUGAUAGCUGCGGGCAUUUCGAGCGGUUUAGACGGUGCUCAUGGACUUUCUGCGUGGCGGUGGGUGUUCUUGAUUGAAGGCAUAGGUUGGUCUUUUAGUAUCAAGAAAAGAUAUCGGACUUAUAUUAUUUCGUUAGUUUCCAUCUGCGGAGGAUUCCUCUUCAUCGCUAUCCUGCCUGAUUUUCCACAUACCUGGACUGCGUUAUCGCCUGAAGCGACAGAAGUCGCAAUCCGACGGUUGACCCUGGAAGCCUCACAAAGCGACAUCGACGACGACAGCAUGUCCCUAAUUGAUGGACUUAAGCUAGCACUGCUGGACAAGAAGCUGUACAUCAUGACAGCCAUCAGUACGUGCAUUAUCGGGGCCAUUGGCUGUCAGGGCUUCUUUCCCACAAUGACAGCAACGCUAGGUUAUAACCCUAUAAUCUCCCUCCUCCUCGUCGCCCCUCCAUACUUCUUCACAGCCAUCUACAGCUGCAUCCACAGCUACCUCAGUGACCGUUCAGAAAACCGUUUCUGGUACAUGAUAUAUCCUGCCCCUAUCACCAUCGCCGGAUUCGUCAUCUUCAUGUCGCCAACCACCAGUAUCGGACCGCGGUACUUUGCUAUGUUCCUCAUGCUAUUUAUAUACAGCAUAAAUAGCACGGCUGCUGCCUGGAUCGCGACGUCGAUUUCCAGACCCCCUGUAAAGCGCGCCGCCGCUUAUGGAGUGGUUAGUAUGGUAUCUAAUACGUCUGCGCUAUGGACACCGUACACCUACCGCGCACGCGACUCGCCUCACUUUCGGUUGGCGUUAGGGCUUGUUACGGGGAUGGUGGUUACAGCUGUGGCGUUGAGUUUCUUGCUUCGGGUGAUACUGCUUCGCGAGAAUAGGCAUCUUGACGAGGUGGAUCGCCAGAGGGCAGUCACUGGAGGGACGGAAUAUGAGAAACCGAAACAGGGGACAUUCAGAUAUACGGUCUGAGCUGGGCGUUUUAUACUUGUGCUCAAUAACCCUGGGCCAUUAUACAGCUGGGUCUUGAAUUAGCUCAGUAUUCUCAGUUAUCAGCUGCAGUGCGGCAUGGAUAACUAUUAUGAAGUGACUAAAUCAGCUAUCUUGCAGGUUAAGUAGUUAAGCAAUGAUAUUGCCUUCAAUAUUAUUGUAUUCACGUC